AUGGAUUUCUCAGCAACGCCAUUUCAAUUUUUCAGACAUCUAUCAUACAAUUCCUUUCUAAAUAAACAUUCAACCAAAUCAAACCAAAACAAUUCUCCAACUCAACAUACCACCACUAAUUUAAAUCAAAAUGCUACUUUUAAAAUUGCUUCUAAAAUUAAAUUAGUAAAAAACUUAGAUUCGCCACGUAAAAAAUACAAUAAAAUGGUUGUGUUUGGAGAUUCUUUCACAGAUAACGGUAAUGUUUACAAUUUAACAAACAAGAACUGGCCAUCAAAAAUUAAUUAUAAGGGCCAUUUUUGCGACGGGAAAAUAUGGGCUGAAUAUCUUGCCGAAAUGCUUAAUGUCAAAUUAGAAAAUUAUGCUUUUGGUGGUGCCACCGCGGACAGCAAGUUCGUUCAAGGAUCCACAGGACCGAAUAAACAUAAAGUACCUGGCAUUAAGCAACAAAUUGAAGCAUUUAUUUCUGCUAAUACUAAAUCAGAAAAAUCAAUGAAUUCCAAUCCUAAACUUAAUAAGUUACAAUCUUUCUUCAAAGUGAACGCAAAUUCUACAAGACUAAAGAAGUUUAUGAAAAAGAAAAGUUCAAAACAACCAAAUAAUGAUUUUAGCAAAACAUUAUUUGCAGUUUGGGACACUGGAAAUGAUUAUUAUUUCACAAACAUGACUGCUUCUCCGCUUCUCGUUGUUCAAUCCAUACUCGACGCUCUCCACCUCCUUGUAAAAUCAUUUCCCACUAUCUCAACCUUGUUAAUACCAAACCUUCCUGAUUUAUCCAAAGUUCCCUAUUUCAAAUCCAUGACCACAUUAGAAAAAGAAAAUUUGUCAAAAUUGGUUGCUUCCCAUAAUAAAUACCUACUAGAGCACUUGGUAAAAUUUAGUAGAGCUACCGGUGUGAAGAUCGUUUAUUUAAAAUGUGACAAAUUUUUUGAUGCUUUACAAUCUGGAAUGAACGGUUUUGGAAUCUCAAAUUGUGUUGAUGCCGCAUUUGAUAUCUAUGGUGCUGAUGAGAAAAAAAGUUCUAUUAAUGAUUGCAGCGAUUUAGAAUUAAAUGCAAAUGAUCUUUUUAAGAUUGUUCAAUCUAAAUCUUCAUUUUCCGAUAUCUCUUUCCAACCUGAUUUCAAAAUCAAAGGUAUAAACGAACAAUCAGAUAGUAAAGAUUCUUACUUUUAUUUCGAUGAUUACCAUUAUUCAUCUAAAGUUCAUGAAUAUAUGGCGAAUUUUUGUUUUGAAACUUUGGAAGAUUCAUUUUAUCCAACUUUCCCUAAUAAAAGGAAUAGUUUUGCUGCGAAAAUGUUUGGAAUGGUCUUGGGUGAUUAUAUGCAAUGA